CCCCUUCACUUUAAAAUUCUGAUGCCGAGAGCCAAGACUAACGCCAAAUUCAUACUGCAUUGAAUAGACUAGUGACUAGUAUAAUGUUAUUUGUUUAAUUAUUGUAUGAUAUAACAAAUAAAAUAUCUAAUUAUUCUUACUAUAAUGCUUUACUAUAUUGCCAGAAAAUUGUUUUUUGUCCCUCCAAAAUAUAAAUUGUUACUAAUCGCCCCCUCAACAUGGAAAAAACACCCACAUGGGGCAAUAUCGCUCUUGUUGAGAAACACUGUUUUAGAUGAACAAUGUGCUUUAUUCUUUUCAUUUUUGUGUUUUUGUUUUAAAAAUAUUUUACUAAAUCAAGUUGUGUGUAAUUCAAGAGGUAUAUAGAGAAAUGGCAUCUAGCUUCAGUUUCUCUCUAAAUAAAGGAUAGAAUUAGCUUAAUUCAAAAUGAUAGCAAAUGCUGGAAUUUCAAGAUCAGGUCGUGUUAGAAAGAAAUCAGCAAAAUUAAUUGAAAUGGAAGACUGGGAUUCUGGUGAUGGAGAAAAUUACAACAAGCCUCGCAAAAAAUCAAAAUCAUUUGAUGAUUCUGACCAAGAUAGUGAACGUAAGGUAGCUCCAAUAAGAAUACCUAAACCCCCAUUUACUUUGAUGUCGCCUCAAAAAAAGAAAUCUGAUAAUUUAACAAUGAACAAAAUUCUACCUAUGAAAAUAAUAUCAAGAGAUGGUACACCAGUUGAAGUAAAAAGUAGUACUUCUUAUGGAAUGAAUAUUCCAUCUAUGUCUACAGUUUUGACACCAAAAAUGCAAGUUCUUUCAUCUACAAGUUCUGAAACAAGUGAUUCCAGUUCUGAUGAAUCCGAUUCAGAUAAUGCUUUCCCUCGAUCUCCUAUUCUUCCAGUAAAUUUGCAAUCACAUGAUAUGAUAAAGAAAAAAAUGUCUACUGGUCAGAAUAUAUCCAAACAAAUGCCUGCAAAGAAAGUUGAAGUAAAGCUGAAUACUUUUUCUGGUAAUGAAGGUAGCAGUGAAUUCACAGCCAGUUUAGAUGAAAGUGAGGAUGAUACAAAUGAUCAUUCAUUAAUCAUUGCUGAAACUCCUGUUUCUAAAAAGAAAAAAUUUAUCAGUAAAGGAAAAAGAGAUAAUAAAGAGAAAGCUAAAAAUGCUAAAAAAUCCAAAAUUUCAGAAACAGAAGAAUUAAUUGAUGCUACAUCUUUAAAGAAAAUAGAGAAGAAACCAAAAAAGAAAGAAACAAAGAAAAAAAAUGAGUCAAAACCUAAUCGUCCAAUGACUGCUUACAUGUUAUGGUGUAGUGAAAACAGGAGGAAAAUUGUUGCACAGCAUUCAGAUAUGGAUUUUGCUCAAAUCAGUAAAAAAAUGGGAGAAAUUUGGAAAUUAAUGCCAGAGAAAGAGAAAAUGGCUUGGAAAAGGAAAGCAAAGAAAGCAGCUCAUAAAGGAUCAAUGAUAAGCACCGGAAGGCCAAAUCAUUCGCAUCCAAAGUUUUUAUCUAAGACUCAUACGACCAAUAAUAAUAAGUUGGACGAAGUCAGAAGCCCGAAUCACGAGGGAUUCAGGCCCGUGGGAACUUCCUCUCUUGAUGUGGCGGCACAUCUCAAACUUUUAGGGGAAUCAUUAAGUAUCAUUGGUCAACGGCUGACCGAACACGAAGGUCAAAUAGCUGUAUCAGGCAGUCUUUCAGUUCUAUUAGAUUCCACUCUGUGUGCUCUUGGACCCUUACUAUGUCUGACAUCCCAGAUGCCAGAACUGAAUGGCUGUUCUCAAGAAACCCUCUGUCACAUUUUGGAUAAUAUUGCUUAUAUUAUGCCUGGUUUGUGAUUUACAUUAACUGUACAUUUUAUUACACAAAAUCACAUUUUGAAUUUCAUGUUUUUAUCUCAAAAAUUGCUCAAAUGACAAUAUAAAUUAUUUUAGGAGCUUUGUUAACUGUAUAAAAGUUUUUGGUGUAAAGUUUGCAAUUAUGUUUAUGUAAUCAAAUAGGUAAAAAGAGUGAAUAACUUCAAGUUAGCAAAAUUAAAACACGAUUUUAAAAUCAGUUGUAAAAUAUAAGAAAUCUUGAAGCAUUAAUUUCAGAUAAUUUAUGCUUCAUUUAAGCAAUAAUGAAGUUUGUUUCUUGAACGAAUGAGGGGGAAAAAAUUUGAUAUCAAAAUACUUGUUAAAUCAUGCAUCAUAUUGUAUAAUUGCUUUUUGUAACAAAUAGACUUUACAUCAGUUUCCCCACUCAAAUAUUUUGUUUGUAUAAAUUCUUUUUAAAUAGAUAUCUUUUAUGGAAUGACCGAACUCAUAAAUGUAUAUACGGAAUCAUUUCAUUAACAGAUUUUAAUUCCAUCAUGUUUUGUAAAUUAGUUUGUACAAUAAAUCAAAAAGAGCAUUUAA